AUGAAUCAACAAGAUGCAAAACAACGGAAGGAUUCCAACUCUGAUCAUAUCGAAUGUCCAGCAGAUGAAAUCAUCUUUGACCACAGUGGGGGCUAUGAAGCCGUCAAAGCUGGGAGUCUUGCAGCCUUAGUGGAGAAUCUGACUCGACAUGAUAAGCUAGACGCCCUAUUCAAUCGCGCAUUUUUGACCACAUACACAUAUUUCACAUCAACAGCCACCUUGAUUGAUCUUUUAAUCGCUCGCUUUGACCGUUCAGCUCUUGGAUCAGAUCAAACUAAGUCGUUGAUCCGGCUAAGAGUGAUAAACGUGUUGAAACAAUGGCUCGAACAUUUUUGGAUCGAACCUCACAGUCCAGAAACAGAUCAACACUUGGAAAGGAUACGAAAAUUUGCAUCCGCCGCAACAGCCUCUACGGAGACCAGCGCAGUCCAACAACUUCUGGGCAUCAUUCAACGACGACUUGCAGGUCUUACUAUCAUGAAAGUAUCUCGACCAUCCAUCUCAAAUCCACCAAAACCAAUUCUUCCUCGAAAACUGGACAAACUCCAGUUCCUCAAAAUCGAUGCCCGUGAGUUUGCGCGACAGUUGACUAUUAUGGAAGCACACCUAUUCCGCAAAAUCCGACCAAAUGAACUCUUGAAAAAGGCCUGGCAAAAGAAAGAAAGCUUCGCCGGAUCUGCACCAGCCCCAAAUAUUCGGGCUUUAAUUCGAUAUUCUAAUCAGCUCUCCAACUGGGUGGGAGCUCUCAUACUGGCAGAAUCAGACUAUAAGAAGCGAGCCCAGAUUAUAGGGCACCUGGUCAAUAUAGCAAACUCAUGUGUUGAACUUCAAAACUACUCUGCGGUCGUAUCCAUCUUAUCUGGAUUCCAAAGCGCUCCUAUCUACCGACUUACUCGCACAUGGGCAAUGGUUACAGAGAAGUGUUGCAACUUGUUAAGGCCCUUACAAAGCCUCACAUCUUGUACCCAAAAUUAUGCUGCCUAUCGUGAGACAUUAAAUAUGGCAAUACCACCCUGCAUCCCAUUCCUUGGUCUUUAUCUCAAGGACUUAACAUUCAUUGAAGACGGAAACCAAGCUCUUACAACAGAAGGAUUAAUCAUCUUCCACAAAUACACCAUGUUAGCCGCUUCUGUCCACGAACUCCAACGCUUCAAAGAAGCUCCUUACAGCCUGUUUCCCGUCCCGGAGCUUCAGGAAUAUCUUGCUGGUCAGUUACAGUCCGCCGUUGGACUAGAUGAGAUGUGGGAUCGGAGCUGCGAACUAGAGCCCCGAGGUCGCGGCGAGAUGAGACCAAGAGACUUUUAUACCCCCACUGGUGGGAUGACGACUUCCAUGGUGAUUGCGUGUAUGGUUUUAGAUGACUGA